AGUACCGUUUUGAAAUUAAACGGGGACGGUAUUACUUUUUUCAUUUUUUUUAUGUGUAAGUACAUAGCCCAGUUGUGCUACGCCAUAUUUUUUACGUUAUUCGAUUAAUUUUUUUAUAUAUUUGAUUUUAAAAUUGUAAAUUUUGAAAACGUUUUUGUAAGUGUUUAAAUAAAUUUAAAAUAUUUGGUUGAUCUAAAUGACGCGAUCACUGCCAUUCCGUGCACCAUCAACCACACGACGUAAUUAUAAACGGAAACCGCGUGGUCCAACUGUUAAUCCACAAAUGAACCCUUCAUUUUCAACGACUCAAUCAAGAUGGUUGCGUCGAAAUCAACGGAUAAAACGUGUAUCAUGGAGAGACGAAGAAUUAGUGGGUAUGAGUUUAACGACUUGUAGGGACGAUGAUGAUUCUAGUGGUGAUGCGGCUUCUGUAGAAAUGAUGGAUCCUGCGAUUGUAGCACGUGGAAAUAUUGUUAAACCGCCAAAAUUUACUUAUACACGCGAACGUUUGAUUGAAAUUAGUGAACUGCCAUUGUCGAAAGUGAAACCGAAAUUUUUGGAAUCACCUUUAAAUGAUGGUCUUGCUGGAAUUUGGACUUUGGAACGAAAUCAUUCUGAACGGAAACGACCAGAAACUCCAAAUGACGAAAAUGUCCGCAACGAAGUUCCCCCAGAAAAUCAUUUAAAGCGACGAUCCGGAGAUCCACGUGAAAGAAUCCGAAAAGAGCAGGAUGGUAUUGUUUUAAGUCCACAGCGUCGGAGUUUUAACUUGGGAUGUUCUGCUCCUCUUGUAACUACAGCCCCUAGACCAGGCCGUCCUGAAAGUCCACUAGGCAAGUCAGAUUUAAUUCAUCGACCAGAAAUAGGAACUCGGCGUAUUGGUAGUGGUAGAAUAAUUACUAGAGAUGUUUCAUGGGACUACAAAGGGGAAAAUGAAUCUCAAGAAUAUAACUUUAGACCUGGAGGAGGUGCACAAAUCACAAGAGGAGAAAGACAACGGGAUACUAGAGACAAUGAGAGAGAUGAACGAUUUGAAAGGCGAUCAUUUGGACGUGAUUUUGAACGAGACCGUGAACAGCGUGAUCGAGAGCGUGAACGUGAACAACGAGACCGUGAACGUGAAAAAGAUAGUCGGCAUAAUACACGCAAUGGAAGCCGAUAUGGUUCAGAACGACGACGACAGAUUAGUGAAGGAAAAGAGGAUGAACCUGAAUGGUUUAGUGGUGGUCCGACAUCUCAAAACGAUACAAUAGAAUUGCGUGGUUUCGACGAUAUUCCCGAAGAACGUAACACAUCAUCUCGUCGACAAAAGACCCAAAUCACACAAAAGAAAAAACGGGAAACAAAUAAUAAUCAAACAAUCAGUAUUAAAGAGCAAUCACCACCGCAACGUAAUAAUAAAACAUUAAACGAAAGUAAAAUGUCUGCAAAAGAGGAUUCACCACCAAAAGGUCCUGGCGGUCGAUCAACACCAAAACAAGAGCAAGUACAAAUGAUUGAACCCGAACAUUCACCAGUUCAUGAAAAUAGUUGUAUUGGUCGAGAGGAGAAAGAUGUGGAACAAAGAAUAUACAAUAAGAAAGAAGAAAAUAGUAUUGAUGCAAAUAAACAAGAUAAUGAUUCUUUAUCUGAUAAUUCGAAAAUUAUCGAUGAUCAACCUGAUAUUUUAGAAGACUUUUUAAAGAUGGAUUCUUCAUUUGUUGGAUUUUUACCGAAUGUUGGAGAGUCUGAAGAAACAGUUAGUGGAUCACGAUUUCAACGGUGGUUUACACGUGAAAGUCCUAUUAAGCAACAUGACAGUAGAAGAUCAUCCCUUCAGGAUGAGAUUAUUAAUAACAUGAUAAAAGACAUAACAGAACCAAAUAUAAUGAUUCCACAUAUGAAUGAUUCCGAUACAUAUUUCGCACCAAUAUCACCAGCAGCAGCCAGUAUGAAUACACAGACAACAAAUGCUGGACCAAUAGGACCUCCUCCUACACAAAAUAAUCAUCAUAAUCAUAAUAAUAACCAUAAUAAUAAUAAUAAUGUUAAUGAGAAAACAACGUCACACUUACUGGAAUUAUUACGAGUUGGUAAAACAAAACAACCGGUUGGCAACGAUAUGCCAAUUAAAAAUUUGAACGAAGUACCUGGUAAAGUGUUAAGUUUAGAAGAAAUAGAAGCAAAUAUACGUCAUGCAGCUGAUAAAGCAGCAUCUGGUGUAUCAUCACAACAAAAUAAUAUGUCCUCAUCUGUAAUGCACAAUAAAUCUGACGAAGAUAUGACUGCUUUUAAAAGAUUAUUGGCACAAGUUUCUGGUGGACACGCAAUUCCUGCAACAAAUGGCCCUCUUCCACAAAAAUCGCAACCCAUGAGCUUAUUGCAGAUGCUUAAUAAAUCUCAACAAGAUGAGAAUAUUUUACGUAAUAAUUCUCAGCAAUCUCAUAUGCCAAUGAACCAUCCACCUCAAAUUCCACCUGAACUUGUUGUGAAACUUCAUCAAGUUCAACAGCAACAGCAACGGCAAGAAAUGUUCAAUAAACUCAUGCAAGCUAAUGUCGGAAUGGGAAAUCGCCAGUAUCAAGCUUCACCAUUAUCAUCGGAAAUUAUGAACACAUCCGUACCAUCAGCGAAUUUAGAAUUACUUCAAAGGCCAGAAGCACAAGCUAUCAUUCAAGGGUUAAAACGUGGUGAUAUUACCCCACAACAUUUACGGCAACAAUUAGCAAAUCAUGCAAUUCAACCUCGUCAUCGUGAAAUGAUCCAUAGCGUAUUAAAAUUACAUGCGGGAGCUGGUCUUCCACCGCCACCACAAUCAUCUAUACAUCCUAGUCCAAGAGCUGUGAGUCCAGGUGGACAACAUCCUGAUUUAUUACAACAAAUUAUGUUUCAACAACAACAACAACAAUUACGAGUAUCUCCAUUACCGCCUAAUGCAAUUCCUCAACGUAUUCCGUCUCCUCGAGAACUUCAACAACACACACAAAAUAUUAUGCAACAAGCAUUGAUUAAAAAGAAAUUAGAAGAACAACGAGAGAAUUUCAGAAAGAAACAAGAACAACAACGAUCAAUGAGUCCUGCCAAUAAUACCGGUCAUGGAACAUCACCAGCCAAGCAUUUAUCUCCAACACCACAUUCAUUUACACCUACAUCGGUUUUACGUAAAAUGACCGCAUCGAAAGAUAUUGAUUCAAUUGGAAAUGCAUCAAUCAAAGAUAAAGUAAAUUCAAUCGCAAACAAUUUAACAGAUCCAACAACAAAACAACAGAUGGCAGCAGUAUUAUCACAAGUAAAUUCACAGCAACAAAAUCAAAUGCAACAAGGGCGUGCUGUUACUGGUAUGCGACAACCACCGCCAAAUACUCAACAAUCUCAAAUGAAUCUUGGAGGUUGGAAUACACAGAAUGUACCCGUCAAACAAGGUCGACCCAUAUUAAAGGGUAACAACUAUCAACAAUACAAUACCGGCGGUGUGGAUUAUCAUUCAAGAAAUUUAAGUCAUUUACAACAGCAAAGCAUGAAUACUGGUGGUAAUUUUAAUGCAAUGUUUGCACAAAUGCAACAAAAUCAACAACAAGCACAGCAACAACAACAACAACAACAACGUUCAGCCAUGAACAAUCCGAAUUCAGUUGGUAACAAUGGUAUGGGUGGUAACAAUGGGUCGUAUUUAUCAUCUGGUGGAUUCCGUAGUCUUUCAAAUAAUAAUAACAUGAACAAUUCGCAACACAAUCGUCCACAUCCAUUACAAUUAAAUUUUUCACAACUUCAACGUGGCGUUCAUCCAACCAUACAACAAUUGUUACAGAUGCAACAACAAGGACAGCAAGGAUAUGGUGAAAAUCGAGGUAUUCCAAUCACAGGACGAAGUAACAAUAGCAUGCAAUUUAAUAAUCGUGGAUCACCUCUUGCAGACAAUAUGCCUGGUGAUUUAUCACCUACAAGUGAUCAACUAGCACGUUGGUUCUCACCAGAAUUACUAGCACAAGCCCGUGCCGGUAAACUUCCUGAUAUGCCACCCGUAAGUGUUGCUCAGAAUGCACGAAGCUUAGAAGAAUUGGAACGGAUCCAACAAGCUGCAGCGGCUGUACAUAAUUGAUUUGUUAAAAAAUUUUGCUAAAAAAAAUGACAAUUUUUGUGAUGAAUUAUACUUUGUUAAAAAAUUUUGUUAUAAAAAAUAGGUAUCUACGUACUUGAUGAAAAAAAAAACAAUUAUUUUUUAUUAUUUUCUUCUUUUUUAAAAUACUGCCAUCUUUGUUAUUCUUAUGUGAGAAAACAUAGUUUUCUCUCGGGCACUCAUUUUUUUUAUGGACCAUAUAAAAAAUUAUUGUUAUUUAUUUAUAUUUUUUCCGAACUCUUUAUUUUUUAUCUAAAUUAUUUCUUUGAGGCCAAAACUCAUUAUACAGAGUUGAUUAAAAUAUAAAUUUCGGUGGGUCAAUUUCAGUGACGUUAUUCUGAUCGACCCUGUAUUCGUUUAAAAGAAGACAAAGCAAAUAAAUUAAGAAGAAAAACAACGAACAAAUAAAUAUAAAUCAAACAAAUUUUCCAAAAAUUAAU